AUGUCGAGCAAAGUCAUUCAGCAUGUCUUUGUUGUUGGUGGGAACGGGUUUCUCGGUUCUGCUAUACGUGAGCUGUUUGUUUUAUUGAUGGGGCAUACUCCUGCGUGGACAAAAGAGGUUGACUUUCGUAAAGCCUCUGCAUUUGAACCCUCCGCAUAUCGUGAACUUCUGGAGUCCUGCACGGCGGUAGUACACACAAUUGGCACACUUCUUGAGGCGCCGAAAUACAAAUCUGCCGUUAGAGGUGGAUCGCUCGGCGGUCUUGUAUCAGCGUUUGGCCAAGCAUGGGGACUGGGAGCUGCAGGGAAUCCAUUGGAAAAGCGAGUGCCGGGUGAAGAAGGAACAUACGAAUAUUAUAAUCGAGAUGCUGCCCUGCGCGUCUUGGAGACCUUUGCAUCUGGACCAGGAUCAACAGUACCCCAACCAUUUGUCUACAUAUCCGCAGAGGAUAUAUUCCGUCCAUUGGUUCCGGCCCGGUAUAUUGAGUCCAAACGUGCGGCCGAGGCCGGGAUUGCACAAGAGCCUCGUGUGAGAGGACUUAUGUACCACCCCCAUACUCGCCCACUCACGACUCCUAUUGCGACGCUCCUCGAUUUAUCUGCAACUCUACAUCAGAAUAUACCUUUCCCUGGACCGGCAAAUAUAUUACGCGCACUAGCAUCAGCAGACUUGGCUAGGCGGCCUCAGACUUCUGAUUCGGGUUCCAGUGUUGCGUUACUCGAUAGUCCUCUGGAAGCAAUGGCUAGAGCCUUGGAAGUGCCCCCUAUUCAUGUCGAGCAUGUUGCUCAGGCCGCUUGUGAGGCGAUCGAGCAGGAAGAUGCAAUUGGCCCAUACGGCGUUAAGGAAAUGAGAAGAUUAAUAGGAUGGGGUAGCCCUCCAGAAGCAAGACAGAACGAGACCCGUAUAGUCUGA